AGUUAGCAUGGUAUGGUAAUUAUGCACUAUAAAUGAUUCCCAAAUCACAGACUUAUAAUUAAGCUAACACGCCAAAUUAAGAUCAAACUUUAGGAAAAGAUCGGGAGAAUAUAUCUUCUUCUAUGGAUAUAGAACUAGCCUCCACUAAUGCGGGAUCAGCAACAAAUUAUAACCACGGAGCAGGAAAUCAUCAUAGCAACCUAGUAGUACCAAAUGAUAGUACUGGUGAAGAUGAUCUUCAAAAAUCAAUCAACCCCAUUACUCAAAAAAUAGUGAGAAAUUGGAAACUCAUAUUAUUCUGUUUCUUUACUGCUUUUGGUUACAUAGGAGGACCCAUGUUACAAAGACUGUACUUCACUCAAGGCGGAGGCCGUAAAUGGCUGUCGAGUAUGUUACAAACCGUUGGGUUUCCGGUGUUAGUAGCUCCACUUUCUUAUAUUUAUAUGAAGAAAGUAAAUGGUCCAUCAUAUGAUUCUUCAUGGGUUUUCAUAAUGGAACCAAAACUAUUCAUGUAUAGUGCAAUACUUGGAGUUGCUCUAGGAUUGGAUAACUAUAUGUACUCAGCUGGUCUCUUUUAUCUUCCCGUCUCAACUUCAUCACUCUUGUUUUCUACCCAACUUGCUUUUACAGCUAUAUUUGCCUUCAUAAUUGUGAGGCAGAAAUUCACAUUUUGUUCAUUCAAUUCAGUAGUUCUCAUGACUCUUGGAGCUGUUGUUUUGGCAUUGAAUACUAGUAGUGAUACACCUCCUGGUACUACUCAACAACAAUAUUACCUUGGAUUCUUUUUAACUCUUGCAGGUGCUGCUUUAGCAGGACUCAUUAUGCCUUUGGUUGAACUUGCUUACGGGAAAAGUAGUAAGCCUAUCACUUAUUCUGUUGUCAUGCAGUUUCAGUUUGUUUUGAGCCUAUUUGCUACUCUUGUUAGCAUAAUUGGGAUGGCCAUCAACAAGGAUUUUCAGGUUAUUCAAAGAGAAGGAAGAAAUUUUGGUUUGGGCCAAGUGAAAUAUUAUUUGCUAUUAAUUGCAGUUGCAGUUGCUUGGCAAAUCGCCUCCGCAGGAUUUUUGGGAAUCAUCUACUGUACAUCAUCUCUCUUCUCUGGAAUUUUUACUACAUGUUUACUCCCAUUCACUCAGGUUGCUGCAUCGAUUGCUUUCCACGAGAAAUUUACGGGUCAAAAAGGAAUGUCACUUGCAUUAUGUUUGUGGGGUUUCGCUUCUUACUUCGUAGGGGAACACAAGAAAACCAAGAAGCCUCACCCCAUUGUUUAUGAUAAAGAGAAAUCAGAACUUACAGAUAAUAAUGAUACUAAGGAAGGAGGAAAGCAAUAUAACGUAACACAAUAAGUAGUUUAAUUUAUAUGUGGUGAAUAUAAAUAAGAGUACACUAUACUACACUCUCCUUUUCAUUUGCUAUAUGUAACAAUUCGUAGUAAUAAUACCUAUGAUCUAA